AUGGAUAUUAAUCCAGAAGCUGCUCAAUACAUCAAUAGAUUUACACUUCUUGCACCUUAUAUCCUUUUUAUACCGCAAAGUAGUGCUUCAUCUGUAGCACGAUCUAUUGUUAACAAAACAUUUUUUGAGAUGAGACCAGCUAACGUAUUCAUUUCACUCGAUGGUGAUCAUUAUGCUGAGGCUGUCUAUAACGAACUUGUAUAUUAUGAGCAAUACGUAGUCAAUAUUAGUAAUUAUAUUCUAGUACAAGACACUCGCCUAUCGAGAAAAUGGCAUUCACUUUAUUGUGGCCAAUCCAAAUAUGAUGGUCCUUGCAAUGGUCCUCAAGAAGCCGUCAACUGGUUUUUGAAAAAUGAAGGACAUGAUCGUUUUAAAAUUGAUCUCACCAAAGAAUAUUUAUUUAGUACACAUCACAAUGGAUGGUUGAAACGGGUAGCAUGA